AUGAAUGCCCUUCAAAUCAACAAAGCACUCACCAACCUCAAUCUUAGCUCCAAUGAAAUCGGUGCUAAAGGAGCACAAGAUCUUGCCAAUGCUUUACACAUCAAUAAAACACUCACCACACUUAACAUUGGAUACAAUAAAAUCGGCGCUCAAGGAGCACAAGGUCUUGCCAAUGCUCUACAAAUCAAUAAAGCACUCACUACACUUAACAUCAGAUACAAUAAAGUUGGUGCUAAAGGAGCACAAGAUCUUGCUAAUGCUUUAAAAUUCAACAAAGUAACAACAAUACUUGUUCUUCUUCCUCUUCACUAUACUUCAUCAUCUACACCCUUCUCACACAGACACUCACCACACUCAUCCUUCAGUGCAAUGCAAUCGGUGAUCAAGGAGUACAAGAUCUUGUCAAUGCUCUACACAGUAACAAAAGUUUUUGAUGAUUUAAUUCAAUUAAAUCCAACGAUUGAUAAUGAAAAUCGAGAAAAACCCAAUUCAUUAACAGCAAAUGCAAAUGCUCAACAAGAAACAACAGAUAAGACAACAAAAGUUAUUGAAGAACGAAAUAAAUAUGCUGUUGAAAUAUGUAAACGAAUUCGUGAUAAACUUGAUGGUUCAGAUCCUGAUCCAUUAAUUCAAAGUUCAAUUAGUGAACAAGUUCGUUAUACAAUUCGUGAAGCAACAGAUGUUGAAAAUUUAGCAACACUUUAUGAAGGAUGGACAUCAUGGGUAUGA